AAGGAAAGAUCCUGGUGAUGAUGAGGAGAAGAAUGCAAUGAUCGAGCCUGUUUGUGAUCGCGGAACUUCAACACCCUGAAGAGGGAGACAGAAGAAUUCACAGCAGGAAACACGUAGCACUCGGGAUCUCCGGCACGUUUUCAGCUCCCUGGCACUUCACGGCUCGAUGUGAGUCAGUGCUCUCACUUUAACCACGCUUGGUUUGCUUCGGAAACUUCAUAGUGUGUGUAGGCAGUACUGGUGUGGCGUCCGUUUCCUUCUCGUCAGUUCGGCAUGAGUGUGUUGUGUUGUCGGUGUCUCUGCGUCGCUCCUCGCAUACUUUCACAUUCGACUCAUUGAGAAGGCGUGUGUACAUCUGGAGCACCAGCAUCGCACUGAAGCCCGGCUUUCUGGCCUGGAGAAAAGAUGAGAUUCACCGGCUACAUGAGACUGCGCAUCAGGGAGGCGGUGGACUUAAAGCCCACCACUUUCUCCACGCGCCACACUUUCCACAAGAAGACACAACAGCUGGAUCCCUACAUCGUGGUCAAAGUGGACAAUUAUAAAGUGGGCCAGACAGCCAUCAGACCCAGGACCAACCAGCCCUGCUUCAAUGAAGAAUUCUGCCCGUAUGUAUGCGAGGGCAAAUUGCUGGAACUGGCUGUUUUCCACGACACACCGAUUGGAUAUGAUGACUUCGUGGCCAACUGCACCAUGCAGCUGGAGACUCUACUAACGUCAUCCAGCAGCAGACAGACGUUUGAGGGAUGGGUUAACCUGGAACCAGAGGGCAAGGUCUACAUCUCCAUCACUCUCACAGGCACCUUCACAGAUGAUGAUGCCACUGUUAAUGGAUGGAGGACUCAUAAGCAGUUAAGCAGAAAACGACAGAGGGCUUUGAGGAGGAAAGUGCACCAAGUCAAUGGACACAAGUUCAUGGCCACUUUCCUACGACAACCUACAUUUUGCUGCCACUGCAAAAAUUUUAUAUGGGGAGUUUUCGGAAAGCAGGGUUACCAGUGUCAAGUAUGCACCUGCGUGGUCCAUAAGAAAUGCCACCAUCUGGUUGUUAGUGAGUGUCCAAAGAUGAAGAAAACAGCAAGUGAGGGUCCCAGUCAAGGUUUUAGCAUCAACAUACCUCAUCGAUUUCAUGUGCACAAUUAUAAAGUGCCCACUUACUGUAACCACUGUGGAUCACUCCUGUAUGGUCUGGUGAAACAGGGUCUUCAGUGCAAAGGUUGUAAGAUGAACAUACACAUUCGUUGCGAACAAAAUGUUGCUCCCAAUUGUGGGGUGAACAGUGCGGAGCUGGCUAGCAAGUUGGCAGAGAUUGGCUUGGAGGCAGGCAGACUCAGCAAGCGCCACUCCCAGAUGGGCACAUCCACAGUGAAGACUCCAAGUUCUAGUAUUAGAAGUCAAGGGUGGUCUGAGGUGGCUAAGGAGGACAGUAUGAAGGUGGGGCUUGAGGAUUUUACGUUCCUACAGGUCCUGGGAAAAGGCAGCUUUGGCAAGGUAAUGCUGGCUCGCUUGAAAAGUGAUGAACAAGUGUAUGCAGUGAAGAUGCUGAAGAAAGAUGUCAUACUCCAAGACGACGACGUGGAGUCCACCAUGAUCGAGAAGCGAGUGUUGGCUCUGGCCUACAAUCACCCAUACCUCACACACCUGUACUACUGUUUUCAGACUACCGACCGUUUGUUCUUUGUCAUGGAGUUUGUGAAUGGUGGUGACCUCAUGUUUCACAUCCAGAAGUCCCGACGGUUCGAGGAGGCCCGAGCACGGUUCUACGCUGCUGAAAUCACCUCUGCUCUUAUGUUCCUCCACUCCAAAGCCAUCAUAUACAGGGACCUGAAACUGGACAACAUACUACUGGAUAAAGAUGGCCACUGUAAACUGGCAGACUUUGGAAUGUGCAAGGAAGGGAUGACUGAUGGAGCCCUGACUGCCACGUUCUGUGGGACACCGGACUACAUUGCACCUGAAAUCAUCCUAGAGGAACCAUACGGCGUGUCUGUGGACUGGUGGGCUAUGGGAGUCCUGCUGUUUGAGAUGCUGUGUGGCCAUGCACCUUUCGAGGCAGAGACGGAGGACGAGUUGUUUGAGUGCAUCCUCAGGGAUGAAGUGAUCUAUUCAUCUUGGCUUAGCAAUGAGGCAGAGGACAUCCUCAGAGGGUUCUUGACCAAAGACGCUUCACGUCGACUGGGCUGUAGAGAGAGGGAUGGAGGGGAGGAGGCGAUCACUGCUCACCCCUUCUUCAAAGACUUGGACUGGGAGAAGCUGAGAAACCGCGAGUUGGAUCCCCCCUUUAAACCUCGAAUAAAAUCUUCAGAGGACGUGAACAAUUUUGAUCCCGAUUUCACCCAGGAAGAGCCCACACUCACCCCCAUAGAAGAGGCACUGAUCCCACUGAACCAAGAUGACUUCAAAGACUUCUCAUACACAGCUCCUGAUCAUCUGCAUGUUUAACACAUAUGUGUAUAGUGCUUAUUUAUAUUUAGGGUCAUAUAUGAACAAUCUUUAAACAUGCUAAAACAUUGAGUCCAACAAACAUUGAAAGUGUUUAUUGGAAUCUGACAAUGUGAGUUUGUGCACAGGUUGAUUCACUGCUCUUCAAACACAUCAGAACACACAGACCAUAUUUUAUUUUUUAUCCUAACUCUGUCCUGGAAUCCUCCUGGAGUGCACAUUUUAGUGCUGUGAUUCUCAGUCCUAUUCUGUUAGAUUCCUAUAGAUUAAAUCUGUUAAUUAUAAACCCCAUAAUCACCCGAGUCUAUUUUGUUAAUGCUUAGGAAAAACACAAAUAAUAUUCAGUGCAGAGUUCCCAUGAGUAGGAUUAAGAAAGGCUGGUUUAGCAUUUUUCUUGUUGGAACAAGCCUGACUUAACUCUCAGAGGACUAACUGACGAGUUUAUCGUCAUAAUGUGCUCUAAUAGAAGAGAAAACACGCCAUUAAUCCUGGACUGUUGCUUGGAAACAGACUAAGCACAAAGACAUUGCUCUCUACAAUUCAAUGUAAUGACUAUGAAUCCUCUAUAUGUGCACUUGUGUGGGUGUUUUCAUGCUUAUGUUGCAUGUUUGUUCAACUAUCAUGCAUUGUGAGUCUGGGCUUAAGGUAGAUUUAACUUAUAUACGACGCUUCAUGAAAAAAUAGGUAUCUUGUUUCUUCAUGUUCAUAAAUGUCUUAGUACAUUUAGUGCAUUUACACUGAACUGUGCACUUGCUGUAAACACCAGAAUGGGUACACUUCCUUAGUUUGGUCAUGAUAGCACUGUAUAUGUCAACUGGAAAAAAGUACUUCAUGAAGACUGCUAUUAUAACUUGACUGACAAACUUGGAUAUUUUAUGUAUACUGAUUUGUUUAGCCUUAUCAAUUGCUCUUAUUGUAAACAGACCAAAUAAAUCAUAUUGCCUUUUUUAUAUUA